UUGUGUGUAUGAAGGAAUGCGAGGCUACACGGGUCAAUACACUGAGAGAAAACACACCGAGCUGUCAUUAAAACAUUUAUUACUUUUAUGGACUUAUUUUACAUCUCUGUUUUGAGGUGAAUAUGGGAUGUGCCAGCUCCACAAACACGGUGGUCCGACCGUUGAGACCGGAAGAUGUGACGGGAGACGAGGAUGAGACAGGAGGUAAAGUGGAUGCUCGUGGGGACUCGGCCGUGUCAAAGGGCACGACGGACAGCGGGGUGGUGAUGGAGAACAGAGACAUCCCUGUGUUACCUGGAGCCGUGCCCAGAAAACUCCCUCCUCUAACAUCUCAGUGUGUCAGAGAAAGCGAUGCAGACAGAAUGACACAAGAUGUCUUUCUGCAGCAUCAGCGCGCAAAGUCCAGCGAGAUCCUGAAGGAGCUGCUGCACCAAGGAAUCAUACCGGAGGGAGGCCAAAGCAGAGAGAGGGGCAGCGGGUCUGGGGAGGCAUAUAGCAUUAUGCUUGAUGACAGGGAAGGGAUUAGGCGUAGGCCACCUGCCAGACUGGAGUCUCUGAAGGCCAAGAAGGUGCAAAAUCUCCCCAGCAAAGAAGAGAUUGAGGAGAAAAUAAGACUUGCUGAGGAAAGACGCAAGUUAAGAGAAAACGAGCUCAAGACUCGUUUGAGAACCAAGUCGGCUCAUGUCCGGAGUCCUGUUCCCACCUUCAGCACAGAGGAGAACGAGGAUGCAGCAGUCACCCCUGUGGUGCAGCUAAACCCAUCCCUCACCCCUGAACCUCUCUGUCCACAGCCUCACAGCCAGAUCACACGGGAGGCGGCAGAGGGCGGAGAGUGGUCGAGAGAGGCUGCAGGUGACGGCAGAGAAGAAAUAAGUACAGCAGACAAGAGAGAAGAGAGGAGAGAGAAGGGGGGAGAGAGGGGAAAUAACAGAGGGGUCAGUGGUGAUGGGGAGGAGGAGGAGGAGGAGGAGGAGGAGGAGGAGGAGGAGGAGGAGGAGGAGGAGGAGGAAGAGUUUACCCAGGUGGAGGAACUGAAGAAGGGUCAGCUCCUCCUCACAGCCUCAGGGGAGCUGGAGAGCGAUUCUAGCUUUCAAAAUGUAGAUGACAAAGAGGAGAUAUUUUAA